AUGAAACUCACAUUUUGGAAACUUGAGGCUGCCUUUGAUGCGACCCUAUGCAAUGCCACUCUUUUUGCCGGUGGUGGCAGUGGGGCUGCGAGCUACCGUUGCAGCCAGUCAAUUUUUUUGAUGGACAUUUUGUUCAACCCAGACCCAUCCGUGCCCAUUCGACAAUCAUCGAUAAAUGACCUCGGUGAAAGGUACUACAAGGAGCCGAAUCCCUACCAUGGGACGCUCAAGGUGUGUGUCCCCCCAGACUGGAUGCAGCAUAGUUGCUCCAAGUCCCGUGCCAAACCCAUCUCACCGCCAGAAAACACCUUGGCAUUUUUAUUGUCAAUGUUCCGAGACAUUGAUGACGAAGAGAAAGUGCUGGAGUGGAAACGACACUUGCUGUCAGUGAAUGUGCAGUACAUUGUGGCGAACUCCGAAGAUCAGAUCUACUUUCUGAGCGCCAAUGAACGACAGGAUUUGAAAUCGAACAAGGUCACAGAGGCGUUCGUUGACACCUCCAUAACGCUUCACAAAAGGGUUCUCAGCAACCCCUCAUUGCUCCAGUUACUUCUGGAGUCGGAUGAAGUGAAGGGGAAUCCUUUCGACAGCUGGGCUAAGUUGCAGAUAUUAGUGCAGAAGUCGAAGACUGCCAAAAACAUUGAGUGGUACGAUGGCUGGCAGAACAACUACCUUUCCCAAGACCUUCUCACCUGGCGCGGCUUGAAAGAUGGCUUGAAUGGUAAGGGUACCGUGGAUCUCUUUGUGGGCCAGAUGGACCUCCGACUGCAUCUUCAGCAGCACGUUCCAGUCCACGUUCCGGAACUUGAUUCGACACAGGAAGCCCGCUCCGUGCUUCCGGUGACUGUGCUGGCAGCAAAGAAAAACGGUGGUGGUAAGGAGGCUGUUGAAAAAGCCCCAGUCUUUGAAGAGGAAACUGUGAAGAAGAUUGACAACACCACCAAAAUGCAACAAGCUUUCGCAGCCACGGCUUUUGGUGAAUGGAGAGGGCAGGUGGAUGCUGAAACGAGGCAGAUCACGAAACUGGUGGCCAUUUACCUGGACACAAAAACCGUGGGAGAGGCUGCUACUCAGCCAGCAGUUCGCAUGCCUCCGCUCCGUGAGGGGCGCCACAAUCGCCUCUUUUCGGCGGCAAUCGCCUUGCGUUGGAAUGAAGAGGACAAGUCGCUUCAUGAAGGCGAUGGCAUUGUGAUUCAAGAUGGAGGCUUGUGGUCGAGUCUGAUGUCUGCACUGAAAACUCCUACAAAUGCCAGUCUACCCAAGCCCAAGAUCACGAAAUACCUUCUUUGGAGUGAACAGUCGCUACGUGCUCGCAAGACCAGGGACAAGGGAGCCCAAUUGACACAGAUCGAACGGCUGCAGGUGAUCCUUCCAGAGGACGAGGCCGAGACUUGGCGAAUGACUCUGGCCAAGAAGAAGCUGCUCUUUGGGCCUGCGGGUUUCAUCAAAGUUGGCUCAAAAGGGGAACCACAACCACCGGAGAGCAAGACGAGUAUUCUAGCUUAA